UCAAAUUUGGUUUGAGUCCCCAGUUUAGAAUCAAUCAUGAGGUGGGGAACAUUGGCAAUCGGAGGAUAUUUUCUGGGAAUCCAAUUCGGCUUGAUCUAUAGCAUGAAUCAAGCAGCCAUGGCUUUGAGGAUUCCGUCCAAGUGUUAUCCAGAGUUCGCCAAACACGGAUCAUACACUCUCGACAAAUGUAUGGCUUUUUGUAUGAUGAACUUGGACGAACCAGCUUGCCAUGGGAUCGACAUGGAUUUUGGGCAACAAACCUGAAAGCAAAUGACUUUCAAUUUCACCACCAUUUCCUGUCUAGGCAACCUUCUCCUCACCAGAAAUCAGACCUCUUCAAAUGAGAUCUAUCUGAAAACUGAACACCUUGGGUCCAUUCAUUCAAUUGAUCGAGCUUUGUAUUUUGCUAAUCUCGAGGAUGGCAAGAUGGUACCAGCUUCCAAUGCAAAUGAAUCCCUAGUCGAUCUGACUUUUCCCAAGAGUUCAAUUUUAAACCGCAUAGAUAUCAGCGUCGAGUACCAAAAUGGUGUUGUCACGUGUCAAGUAAACGUUUUGAAAUGCGCACACUGGAGCUUUGAUGCUGAUGAGUAUACACCCUUCCCGCCACUCAAGCGGGUUCAUAACCAGUUCGAAGAAUUAGCCGCAUUUGGUUCAAAGCUCAUUGUGGUCGGUAAUACACGGACCUACGAUGCUCUGGAAUCGGUUCANUAUUCCGUUUGA